UAGUAGUUACAGAGAGCAGCGGCGGCGCCACAGAGCUCCCGGAGACAUUCACAUGUGGAAGAAAAGGCGCCCUGGACAUUAAUGAACCGAUACGCCAGGGACAGCACCAGCACCCCUAUAGCAGCAUCAUUCCCCGCCUCUACUGCUAGCCAUGAGCUGUCUGGAUGUAAUGUACCAAGUGUAUGGUCCUCCCCAGCAUUACUUCACCGCUGCCUAUAGUCCCUAUCACCAGAAGUUAGCAUUUUACUCCAAGAUGCAGGAAGCCCCAGAAAGUGGCAGCAGUAGUACCAGCAGCAGUGCCAGCUCGUUCUCCGCCCAUGCCCCAGCCAGUAUUAAGGAAGAGGACUGCAGCCCGGAGAAGGAGAGACCUCCUGAAGCGGAGUACAUCAACUCUCGAUGUGUCCUCUUCACUUACUUCCAGGGGGACAUCAGCUCCGUGGUGGACGAGCACUUCAGCAGAGCCCUCAGCCAGCCCAGCAGCUACUCUCCUAGCAGUGCCAAGGGGGCCCGGAAUGCUGGCUCCUGGAGAGACCCAUCUUUCCCAAUGAGUCAACGAAGCUUUCCUCUAUCCUUCUGGAACAGCAGCUAUCAGCCAACUCCAGCUCCACCAACACUGGGCAGCAGCCUAGCCAGUCCUCUAAGUGGUCCUCAUACAGAAAUCCCUUUUGGCGCAGACCCUUAUUCCUCUGCUUCUCUUCAUAGCCAUCUACACCAGGGACCACCUGAGCCCUGGCACCAUGCACACCACCACCAUCACCACCCAUAUUCUAUUGGGGGUGCUAUAAACAGUCAGGGUUCCAGCUAUCCACGUGCUGGCAUGCAUGAGGUCUACAGUACACACUUUGAUCCCCGCUACAGUUCGCUUCUUGUCCCGGCAUCAGUCAGACCUCACAGGAUCACACCAGCAGGAACAGCACCUGGUGCCACACAAUGCGACUUGAGCAAGGGAGAGCCAUCUGCAUCGGCAUGGACAAGCCCUGGUCCAUAUGCAGGACCAACAGGAGACAUGGGACAAAGCCUUAGCCUCAAUGUUGAUGCAGCUCGACGCUACACCUUCUGUGGAGGACCUCUCCUGAGCUGAUCUUCUCAAAGACUCUCAGCCAAAUCACUUAAUCCAAGGCACGGAACACGUGUUCCAGCACUACGACUGCAACCAGAGGACGAUAACAGGACUCCAUAUGACCGGCCAUGCAGGAGCCAUUCUUAACUCCUCCUUGCUCAAAGACUCCGAUUUUUAUUUAAAAUGUGAUCGACAAAAUAAUUGGUGCCACCAAAAAUAUAUAUAGAGAUAUAAUUAUAUAUUAAUAUAACUUGCUUUCUUAUAAGGGAAAAAAGGACUAUUUUUGUUGUGAAUAUUUUUUAUGCCUAUGUGAAAAUGUACUUUCCAAUCCAAGCUGCCUGAAGAAUAAAAGUCCAAUGUGUUUGUAAUAAUCUCUUUGUGGUUACACAGACAGAACACACACAUCACACAUGCAGACUAUGGACAGAAAUGAAAGGACUAGAGGUCGAUGGACUAAAAGUCCAUAUGUGGACAUUCAAUCCAGUCUGUUGUGAGUGGCAAGAAUCUAUCCAGGGCCACCUGCCUAAAGCUUAUAGAAAUGCAGCUGUUAGAUGGACAACUGUUCAAACUCCAGAAAUAUGACAAGCAAGGUGGCACUUCUCAGGGUUUAGCCCAACAAUUACAUUUGCAUUUUUUUUUUACAAGAGAAUUUUAUGAUGAAAGAAGAAUCUCUUUUCAAAACUGACAGCCUGUACAUGGAUGGAACAACUGCAGCAGAGUGAAAGGUGAUACUCUGCACAGACACAUUUUAGUGUGGCCAAUGCAUUUCUGUGUGUGUAUAUGUUGCUGUCAACUUGUCACUUUAACUUGUUUGGGAAACUGUGAGAGAUGUA